AUGCCAACUUUCCAGAAUACCACAUCCACUUCCAUCAUUUUCUUGCUAACUGGUGUUCCUGGGCUCGAAACUUUCCACACCUGGAUCUCCAUUCCCUUCUGCUUUCUCUAUGUCACUGCCCUCUCAGGAAACAGCCUGAUUCUCUUUGCUAUUAUCAAUCAGCCGAGCCUCCACGAACCCAUGUAUUAUUUUCUCUCCAUGCUGUCCACCACUGACCUCGGCUUGUCCAUAUCCACACUGGUCACCAUGUUGGGUAUUUUCUGGUUCAAUGCCAGGGAGAUCAGCUUUAAUGCCUGCUUGUCACAGAUGUUCUUUAUCCAACUCUUCACAGUGAUGGAAUCCUCAGUGUUGCUGGCCAUGGCCUUUGACCGUUUUGUGGCCAUCUCUAAUCCUCUUAGGUAUGCCACCAUCUUAACUGCCUCCAGAAUAGCCCAGAUUGGGGUGACAAUUGUCAUCAGGGGGACACUAAUGGUGACACCAGCCAUGACACUUCUUAAACGACUGUCCUUCUGCCGCAGCCACGUGCUCCACCACUCCUACUGCUUCCACCCUGAUGUGAUGAAGCUCUCGUGCACAGACACCAGGAUCAAUAGUGCAGUUGGGUUGACUGCCCUGAUCACCACUGCUGGGUUGGACUCAAUCUUCAUCCUUCUUUCCUAUGUUUUGAUCAUUAAGACUGUCCUCAGCAUUGCAUCUCCAGAAGAGAGGAAGAAGGCCUUCAGCACAUGCAUCUCUCAUAUUGGGGCCGUGGCUAUAUUCUAUAUUCCAUUGAUCAGUUUGUCCUUUGUCCACAGAUUUGGGAAACGAGCCCCAGCCUAUGUACAUACUCUGAUUGCUAACACCUACCUGCUGAUCCCUCCUGUACUGAACCCCAUCAUCUACAGUGUGAAGAGCAAACAGAUACGCAGGGCUGUGCUAAAAGUUUUCCAUUCUAGGGAACAAAGAACUAAGUCAGUCUUCCAAAGUUUUCUUGUCCUUUUUACUCUGUAG